CCCAGUCGUCCCUUCUUCUCGCUUCCCCUCCACGCCACUUCUUCCCCUCGCCGGCUGGUGUCGAUCGCUUGCCGGUCCCACUGUAUUUAUAAAGUUAUAUAAAGCUUGCCCCGGUGUUGGCCACAGCCUGCCAUACUCGGUUCCCCAACGUGACCUGACCCCCCGAGCCUGGGAGAGCUUCCCCGCACCAGAGCUGCACAGCAUCAUGCAAAUUACCGUGAGCGUGAUUCGUCCGGACCAGGCCGACGCCGAUAUCCUCUCCCUGGAAGUAGGAGGGGAUAUGACCGUCGAGCUACUCAAAGCCAUUGUCGAAAGCGAGACCUCCAUACCUCCCACAUCCCAGCGAAUUGUCUACAAUAACCAGCUACUCGGCGAUGAAUCCCGCACUCUCGAACAAGUUGGAAUUGGUGAAGGCGACAUGCUGGGGGUUCACGUUACUCUGCGGAGGCCUCAAGCCCCUCCUCGGAGCAUAGGAGGCCCCAGCUCUGCUACUGCUCAGCAAAACCUGCAACGGCGACAGGCCAUGACACCAGAUCCCGAAACAAUCCGUCUACACAUCCUCGGUGACCCGCGCGUGCGCGAGGCUGUUCGACGGCAGAACCCGGAACUGGCGGAGGUGGCCCACGAUGCACAGCGCUUCCGCGAAGUUCUUCUUCGACAACAGCAGCGCGAGGCCCAGCUCGAAGCCGAGAAGGAGGCUCGGAUUGCGAUGCUAAAUGCGGACCCGUUCAAUCCUGCGAACCAACGAGAGAUUGAGGAGAUCAUUCGUCAGAAUGCGGUAACUGAGAACCUUCACAACGCCAUGGAGCAUCACCCAGAGUGUGACAUUCGGUCGCGUAACCAUGCUAUAUAUCCCUGUCGAGGUCAAUGGUCACAAACUCAACGCCUUUGUCGAUUCCGGCGCGCAGGUCACCAUCAUGUCACCUGAAUGUGCGACCGCGUGCAACAUCAUGCGUCUGGUCGAUCAGCGAUACGGGGGUAUUGCCAAGGGCGUGGGCACGGCGAACAUCUUGGGCCGGGUACAUUCGGCACAAAUCAAGAUCGGAAGCAU